GGGAGGGCAUAACCCAACAUUCCUAGCUAGCUACAUUCAUGCCCAAAACAAUAAUAAUGUCAAAGGGCAUAACCCUAUUAGCAUUAUUAAUCCUCUCAAUCAUCAUCGCCUCCACGGAUGCGAAGGCUGUCGGAAGGAUCCCGAGAUCAAGGCUGAAGAAGAGGCACGUGACAUCAGCCCCACCCAAGAAAGCGUCGCCGACCUCCCAACAACAUUUUCAAAACUCCUCUCCUGCUCCGCCAGCAGCGGCAGCAGUAUAUGAUUGGGUCCAACGAGAAUUCGUAACUGCUCACAACGCUCUGCGGGCGACGGUGGGUUCCCCUCCCUUGGAAUGGGAUGCGACACUGGCAAACUUCUCCCGCGGAUGGGCCCACGAGCGCAAGAAGGACUGCAGCUACCGGUCCCACUCGCCAGGCGGGAAGUACGGGGAGAAUCUUUUCUGGCAGCUGUACAAGGAGUCAAGCCCGACGCAAGUGGUGCGAUCAUGGUUUGAGGAGCAAAAGUGGUACGACCACGAGAGGCACAGGUGCACGUGCGAGCCGGAGAGGGAUGGGUGCGAGUGCGGGCAUUACACCAACAUAGUGUGGAGAAGCACCAAGAAAGUGGGUUGCAGCGGCUUUGUUUAUUGCAAUGAUCAAAGAGGCGUCUAUGUUGUCUGCUCCUAUUAUCCAAAGGGGAACAUCGUUGGUAAAAACCCCUUCGAUCCUCGCUAGCCACCGACCACAUAAUCAUCAACAUCAACAUCAAAUUAAGUGUAACAUUAUUAUCAUACAUACACAUACAUAUAUGAAUAUAGGAGUGUAUAUUUUGGAGGAUUGGCACAUGAUAUAUGUGUCUAUGAUUGAUUAUUGUAUGUUAGUUAGUUAUUGCUGGGGUAUCUUUUUCAACAAAUAACACAUAAAGC